CGCCAUUUUGCGUCGGACGUGUCGUGUUUUUGUGUCGAUUCGAUAUGCUAAAUGUCCGACAACCGGACAAUUAUUAGACCUUAGUGUUUCGUUAAAAAUUUUGUACAUUUUCAUAUAUUAUUGCACGUCUUUGACAACCGUUGUGUUUACUUUUUAUAGUUUUUUUUUUAUACUCAUUUGAUUUUAUAUUUUUAUAUAUACAAUAUAAUAUAGAACACUACAAGAUGAGAGGCAAAUCUGAUUUAGAGGAGGACGAACAAGGAAAAUUGUUUGUGGGUGGACUCAGCUGGGAAACUCAACAAGAAAGUCUUCAAAGAUAUUUUAAUCGAUAUGGUGAAGUGAUUGAUUGUGUUGUUAUGAAAAAUAGUGAAAGUGGACGGUCAAGAGGUUUUGGUUUUGUCACAUUUGCUGAUCCAAAUAAUGUAAAUGUAGUGCUACAAAAUGGACCACAUGUUUUGGAUGGCCGCACUAUCGACCCGAAACCGUGUAAUCCUAGAACUUUGCAAAAGCCCAAGAGAAGUUCAAGUUAUCCUAAAGUUUUUCUAGGUGGUUUGCCCUCUAAUGUUACUGAAACUGAUUUAAGAACUUUUUUUUCACGGUAUGGAAAAGUGAUGGAAGUUGUAAUCAUGUACGAUCAAGAAAAGAAAAAAUCAAGAGGGUUUGGAUUUUUGUCGUUUGAAGAUGAUGAUGCUGUUGAUAGAUGUGUAGCCGAGCAUUUUGUCAACCUUAGUGGCAAACAGGUUGAAAUUAAAAAAGCUGAACCAAGAGAUUCCAAUAAAAUGAAUGAUGUAGGAGCCAAUCAGUGGGGCAUGAAUCAAAAUAAUCAUUUAGCAAUGGGUGGAAUGGGCAUGGGAGGCCCUGGUGGACAAAUGGGAGGUCCCAUGGGUGGAAUGGGGCCUAUGGGUCCAGGAAAUAUGAUGCAAGGCUACCAAGGAGGAUGGAGUUCUACUCCUCAAUCACAGUACCCCGGUUAUGGCACUCCAUCUGGUCCAGGUGGAUUUCAGGGUUGGGGAGCUCCACCUGGACCGCAAGGUCAAGGAAUGGCUCCUCCAACUUGGGGUUCAAACUAUGCUCCACCUCAACAACCUGGAUACGGUUCUUAUGCACCUCAAGCACCUCCACAGUCAAGUUACGGAAAUAACUGGAAUUGGAAUAUACCCCAGAAUGGACCUGCUGCAGCUACUGGACCUCCUGGACAAACUGGACCAGGACCUCAAAAUGAUAUGUAUUCUCGUUCUGCUGGAGCAGCACCAGCCACUGGACCUACUCCGCCUGGAACUGCCCCACAAAAAGCUGGUGAUUAUGCUGGCUAUGGAAAUUACACUGGCUAUCAACAGGAUUCGACCAGCUAUGGUGCAGGCCAAACUUAUAGAGGGGCGGACGGCACAGCCGCUGGCCUCGGGUCUGGCGGUGGGUAUGUGGCCCCAGUAGUGACGCCUGUCGUUUCCGCCGGGGUACCGGCGGCGACUUACAAUAACGCCCCAGGACCAACCAGAGCGAAUAAUUAUAAUUCAAACCAAGCACAACCAUACCAUCCUUACAGGCGCAACUGAACGUAUUAUUAUUUGACUGGAUCAUCACUGGUGACAUAUGUUCACUUAUGCUCCUCGUACUAUUUCUAAUCAUUCUUAUUCUUAUUAAUAAUAAACUACUAUUAUAAGCUAUAAAAUACACAUUGUGAUUGUGUUUAUUUAUAAGAAAGAAGCUGAUUAUUACAUUUAAUCAACAUUUAAGUAUUUAUCUACCUGUUGGUUAUUAUGUAAUAAUAUUAUAAAUAGAGAAUACUUUGUCAUUUUAAUUUUUUUUUUAUGAAUUUUAUCGUGAUUAUGUCCAAGCAUAUUUGUAUAUAAAAUUGAUUUUUUUGUUAAAACCUAUUAAUAGGUUAUUUUGGUCAAGAACUAAAUAUAAAUGAAAGUUACUCAAUAGUAACCCCACUAAAUUAUUUAGUAUAUAUUAAAAUUAAAUUCUUCAAAAUCACAA